AUGGGACUACCGAACCUGCGCUUGAAUAAUAACACGUCCAAAGGGAGUGCAGUUGAUUUUACCAACCAAAUAUUUUUGCGUGUUCGAGUUACCCUUAAUCCAAAUGAAGAAGUUGCACACACAACCACUGUGCCUGCACUGGCUAACACGCCCUUUCAGAACGUUUUGGAAUCGAUUUGCCGUAAACGCAAAUUGGAUAUCAACAAGUAUACAUUAAAAAUUGCUGAUACUGAUAAAUACAUAAAUAUGGAAAAGACAGUUGAAAGCAUUGGGAGUGCUAAGGAGCUUGCACUUGUAGAGAAAUCCACUAAUGGAACGUCAACUGCUCCUGAAGUAACGCCACCAAGUCCGACAGCGUUUAAGGAUCGGAAUCUUGUCAGAAGAAGAACACUUAACGAUCCGCCUCAGCCUCUAUAUUUUUCUUCCAAUGAAUUCAUGUCAGUUUACAAGAAAUACACUGUCAAUCGUAAGAUACCAAUGUUUGUUGGACGCCACGAACGUGUAUUAGCAAUUGAUGGUGAUUAUAUUCACAUAAUGCCAUCGGAAACAAGAACUAUGUUUGAAUCAGUGAAAACGUCAUCAUAUCAUAUCACAUCAGUGAUGUCCUGUAAAGUAAAUAAAAAGGCUCCUGCCAAUUUCAAACUGGUGAUAUAUCGGGAUUCUGGAACAAAAACAUAUGACUUUGAAGCAGAGUCGACGAAGUUGGCCA